AUGCCACAAUGGGCAGACAAACGGAAGGCAUUCACGCAAGCCCAACGCAUGAGAAUCCAAGUUCAUUCUUAUUUCGCACUUAACAUUCAUGUCUUGUGCGAUUUCUGUAUUAUUGGUACUAUGAUUGCUAUUGGUCCGUCACUGUUCAACAGUGUUCGGCUUUUUUCAGCUUGCAUAAUGUUUGAUUCUGAUCUGGAUCAGAGGGUAUCGUCCGGAAUUUCGGCGGGAACUCCUACGGGACUCCAGGAAGGCAUAUAUACACUCUUUGACCCUCGAGGAAUCAGCCUGCUCAUAAAGGAUACCGUCGUUAUGGGUGACCGUUAUUUCUCCUUACUAGGCGACAAAUUAUCAGAGUUCCUCACUCCAAAGUCCGGGAUCGUGAUUCUUCUCCUCACUGUGGUCACGUCUUUGGCUUUGAGAUCCGAAAAACGAAAGCCUUCUUCAGUAGUGGGUUCUACGAAAACGAGCUCCAAUGCCGUGGAUAUCAACGAAGAACGUGUUCCUGGAGAGUGGACACCAAGAGUCUUCCAAUAUCCACCUGUUCCGCCGUGUCCUCUUGAUCUGCCUGACAUCAAACCGAUUCUAUAUAGGCCAUUCAGAUGGGGUCAAUAUCACGUCACAAUGGGCACACGCAGCAUGCCUUGGGAAGAUUGGAUCGAGAUCGAUAACACAUACGCCAGGUACCAGCGUAUCAGGGAGCAUCGAAUGAACACGAAAGACGGCGAUGUUCUGCGCCUCCUUCCUGCGAGUCCUGGCGUAAAAUCUGGGUACGAUGCAGGCAAGCCGAUCGAACUCGUUCACGAACUAGCCGAGUACCUGCAUAAGAGAUACCCAACGGCCUUCCAUGUUACACGGAUGACGGAAUCCUCCCAGAGUCCCAUUAAAACUAUUUACGUUGUUCCGGUUGACAUAAACUAUGACCUCCCGCCUCCCCUGCUCUUAGACAGCAAGGAAAGCCCGCUGGUUAUUCGCAGUGUAGAAAUGGAGGAAGCCGAAAAUGCUAUGAAAAUCGCUGCUUCGUUGGUACAAGAUGAUCUAGCUAUCAUGGUAGAAGGCUCUGACGAUCGGUACUAUUUCCAAGGAGGGGCCAUUUGCGUUGCAGGGAAUUGGCGCUUGCGAGACAAGAUAGGCCUAGCGAUGGAAGACAUACAUGUCACCGUUCCUCAGUAUCGCGAAAAACUACAUGUCAGUCUCACACGAUUUUUCCGUCGCCUUCCUGUCGACAAGCCUGUCAUUCGUAACAAUUAUUCCAUCCAAAUCGUACCGCCGACAUAUAAUGGAGACGGCCUCGUAGAUCCAGAGGAACUGGCUUGGUCCUCGGUUUUAAAUGGACCGGAGACAGAAUUUGAACACAGGCAUGGUAGGCAGACCGAGCCUCCGCUGGUAACACCCGAAACUCUUAGAUUAAGGACAGAGCGGCAGACUCUUCGAAGGCUGCCAUUGUCUGGUGCAAUAAUCUUUGGUAUUCGGACAUAUGUCAUCGCAGUAGAGACUUUGGCUAAAGAGCCUGCAGUUCCUGGGAGGAUGGCCAGCGCUGUGAGGGGAUGGCCUGAGAGCGUGAGGGCAUACAAAGCAGGAUCGAUAUAUGGUGAUAUUCUGUUGGAGUAUUUGGACAGAUGCGCACAAGAGCAGGAAGAGAAGGGAAUAGUAGAGGAUCCAAUGAGAAAGUAUCCAUUCUGA